AUGGAACAGCCAGUGCUCAUUCAGAUUGAAAACGUUUACUACCCUAUCCUUGCUAUAGUUGGCGUUCCAGGUUACGCCUGCAGCCGCCCUUCUUCGCAAGCUGCAGUUGAGCUGAAGCCACUGUCCGUUGUCAAAGCAGACCCCGUUCUCGUCCACUGUGAUCGCAACUUCUGCCGGUCUUGCAUUGUGUCCUACCGCCAAUCUCAGCAGAGCCCGACAUGUUGCCCACAGUGCGGCGAAGAUACGCCGGAGCUGAACCUGCAACCUAACCGUGUUCUGAGGAAUGUGGUAGAAAAGAUCCGGAGAGAGGUUGGCCCACAGGAACAUGCGGAGGGGAGCCGACAACUGUGCAGUGAGCACCGCGAGAAGCUGAGCCUGGUUUGUGAAACUGACGGAAUGCUGAUCUGUCUGGUGUGCAGGGACUCCAUGUUUCACAAGGAACACAAGUUCAGGCAGCGAACGGAGUUCAUCAUAACGUGUAAAACCAAAGGAGCUUCUCUUCUGAACUCUCUGAAUCAGAAGGUGGUGGCAUUGAAAACAGCCAUACAGAAGCAAGAACAUGAGGUUGAGGACACAAAGCAGUUUGCUGAGCUGCACCAAUUUCUCAAUAAGCGUGAACAUCAGCUGACAGUAAAACUGGAAGAUCAGGUGGAAAGCAACCUGGCAGCAAUGGAAAGAAACCUGACCAAAAUGAGAGCGACUCUCUUCUCCAUAGAGCUGGACAUAACCAAUAUCAAGGCCAAGCUGGAACGAAGCGAUCUGACUUCUCUUCAGGUACACCAUGGUUUCUUCUCCACAUUACAACUUUUCAUGGAAGAUAAGCUCACCCUGGCUUUGGCUGUACUCGGCUUCCAACUACAGACAACUCCAGCUGCCCUGACCCUGGACCCCAGAACUGCAAACCCUUGGCUCUUGCUGUCCCAGGACCUAACCAGUAUGACAGUCGUGGACCACAGAUUGCAGGUUCCUGAUGACCUGGCAAGGUUUGAUGUAUGCAUUUCUGCUUUGGCCACGGAAGGUUUUGUUGAUGGGACACACUACUGGGAGGUCGAGGUGAGAGGAAAAUCCAAAUGGGAUGUGGGAGUAGCCAAGGAGUCCAUCAACAGGAAGGGUGAAAUUGCCCUGAAGCCAGAGAAUGGAUACUUCGUGGUGUCCUUGAGCAAUGGGAAUGAGUACUGUGCUCUAACCUCCCCAAAGCCCAUCCCGCUGCCACUGACAGUACAGCCAAACCGAAUUGGUAUUUACCUGGAUUACAAUGGAGGUCAAGUGUCAUUUUACAAUGCUGGUAACCUGUCCCACCUCUACACCUUCAGUGUGAAUUUUACUGAGAGGAUGUUUCCUUUCUUUAGUCCCUGCUUGAAUGACACUGGGGACAAUAGUGCUCCCCUCUCAAUCCAUGCAUUGCAUUAA